AACAUGUAUGAGUGCGCGGAAGCUUGAUGACCAUCUAAAACCUUAGUUCUCUUACACGACUUAACGUGGCCGCUACGCCCCCCCUUUCCAAUCCGCCCGGUGUGGUUAUUCAGAGGGUGCCCUGGGGCGGCACCCUGAGCCCGCCCGUCCCCAUUGGUGGGCGCCUUCAUACUGGCCGGCCGCGUCGCCUUCCCGGGCCAAUACUGGGCCCGCUCGGUCCCGUCCACCAAUGAAUUUGUCCGACUGUGAAUCUCUCUCUGGAAUGGAUGAGUUAUAAGAAUCUCUCGGGUCGGGUCACAUCAUUGUACCAUUUCGUCUCGUGAUGGCAUAUUCAGUACCUACUGGUGAAGCUCCGGCCGCCCCGCCCGUGCUGGAUAUCGCCGUCCUUUGUGACGAGCGGGGCCGGCUGCGAUGGGUACCGGAGCUCAUCCUAGGGGUCGACCUGAGGUCCCUGGAGGACCCAGAAUUCCGGGCCAUCUUAGCAAGACGGGUUCGGCGCCUUCAGAUCCAGGUGCACCCCGACCGACACUCCGGCGACGGUACUCUAUCGAGGAUCGUUAACAUAUGCGCGACGGUUCUGCGAGACCACGGCGCAGAAUACGCCCGCUGGGCAGCAAAGCAGGACGGGCCGGCCUCAAUGGAGGUGUUGCGGGCCGCCCUCCUGCUUCCUCCGCCCUUCCGGGACCUGCCCGAACCCGCCCGCACACGCCUCGCCGACCGAGCCGAUGAGUUGGGCGCCAGCCUCCUAUCGGCAGAAACGGCCAUCAAGGCGGAGCGGCGGCGGGCUCGGGAGGCCAAAGGCGAGGCCUUAGCGGCUCGCCUCGAUGCUGCCGACGCGGAGGCCGCCCUGAGGGCCGCAGAGCGUCGGGCGGGGGCGGAAAUCGACCUCCUCCAAGCACGCAUCGUGGAGCUGGAGGCCCGAAUCGAUACCAAGGAGGCGGUCGUGUGCCGGCGGAUCGCGGAGCUGGAGGCCGCCCUUGACUCCGCCGAGGCCGGGACUGGGAGGGCUCGGGCCCAGGUCUCAGGACUGGAGGCCCGGGUCACCCAGCUGACCGCUGAGUUAGCGGCGUGCCGGGGCAUAAUACCGGAGCCAGUCCGCUGGUGUUUGUCGGCAGUAGCCGAUGGGCGUCCGCUGACGCACAAUUUGCGCCGUACGGCACGGAAGGUAUUAAAUAAAUCAGCUGACUGA